CGGCAUCAGAAGCACAGUAGUAGUCACUCCGAGCCACCCACAGGGCGCAAUUAUGGGAGAAUCAGUGGAAAACAGCACUGAUGACUUUAUCAUUUCACUUAACAGGGAAUGUCCCAAAGAAUUGGAGGAACUCAUUGAAAAAUCCAGUGGAGAUGUCCGAAGAUUUGAUGACACUGGAUUUACAUUGUCUCUUCAGAAUGGGCUCGAAAACCUGAGGUUGGAGAAGUCGCUGACAGAUGUAGUGCUGCUUGUCGGCAAUAGCGCAUUCUCAUGCCACCGCGUUGUACUGGCGGCCGCCAGCAAUUACUUUAGAGCCAUGUUCUGCAAUGAUCUCAAAGAAAAGUACGAAGACAAGAUUAUAAUCCAGGGAGUGGAAGCAGAAACCAUGCAGACCAUCUUAGAUUAUACUUACACGAGCAAAGUAGUCAUCACAAAGCAAAAUGUGCAGAAAAUAUUAGAGGCCGCCAGUCUAUUCCAGUUCCUCCGCAUGGUGGACGCCUGUUCCAGUUUCCUUACAGAAGCUCUUCACCCCGAAAACUGCGUUGGAAUUUUAAGACUUGCAGAUGCCCACUGCUUGGACUUUUUGAAGUUGCAGGUCCAGAACUAUAUCAUCCAAAACUUUUCUCAGGUUUUAAAUCAUGAAGAAUUCCUCGAGUUGACAUCUGACAUUCUAUAUCAUAUUCUAAAGAGCGAUGAGCUGUAUGUGACAGAGGAAGCACAAGUCUUUGAGAUGGUCAUAAAAUGGGUGCGGUAUAAGCAGCCAGAGAGGAUUUCUCUUCUACCAAAAAUGUUAGAGUGUGUCCGCCUGCCCUUACUGGAUCCCUGGUAUCUCGUUGGUACGGUAGAAACUAAUGAACUGAUUAGAGGGUGUCCCGAUGUGUUCAAUUUAAUGCAAGAAGCACGCAUGUAUUAUCUGACUGGUAAUGAGAUAAUUUCUGAGAGAACAAAACCGCGGAUUCAUGAAUUUCAGUCUGAAGUGUUUAUGAUAAUCGGAGGUUGCACUAAAGAUGAGAAGUUUGUCACGGAGGUUACUUGUCUUGAUCCUUUAAGAAGAAGUCGCCUAGAAGUGGCAAAACUGCCAAUGUGUGAGCAAGAAGGUGAAGGAGAACUUAAGAAAUGGGUGGAGUUUGCAUGUAUAACCUUCAAAAAUGAGGUCUACAUAUCAGGUGGAAAAGAAACGCAGCAUGAAGUGUGGAAAUAUAAUUCCUCUAUUAACAAGUGGAUACAGAUCGAAUAUUUAAAUGUGGGCAGAUGGAGACAUAAGAUGGCAGCAUUAUGUGGCAAGGUAUAUGCAAUUGGUGGUUUUGAUGGCAGCCAAAGGAUUUACAGUGUAGAAGCGUAUGAGCCGUUCCACAAUUGCUGGACAGAGGUGGCUCCAUUAAUAAUCAGUGUGAGUUCAUUUGCUGCAGCAAGUCACAAAAACAAGCUUUAUGUUAUUGGGGGAGGACCCAAUGGAAAACUGGCCACGGAUAAAACUCAGUGCUAUGACCCAUCUACCAACAAGUGGAGCAUAAAGUCACCCAUGCCAAUCGAAGCAAAAUGUAUUAAUGCUGUGAGCUUUCACGAUCACGUCUAUGUUGUUGGUGGAGCAAUGAAGGCCUUAUAUUCAUACAGCCCUCUAGAUGACUCCUGGAGUUUAGUAACAAAGUUUAACCAUGAACGAGCAAGCUGCGGGAUUGCAGCAUGUUGUAAUAAAAUAUUCAUCACGGGUGGCCGAGACGAGAGGAACGAGGUGAUUGCUACUGUUAUGUGCUGGAACGUUGAGACAGAAAAACUGACUGAGGAAUGUGUCCUCCCUCGGGGUGUUUCCCAUCAUAGCAGCGUCACUAUAAGAAAAUCAUACACUCACAUCCGUAGGAUCGUCGCCGGAGCUGUUUCUGUCUGAUCUCCAAGGGGCCAUUGGCUCGUCCUUAAAUUAUUUCUAAUUUAUUGCUAUCAUUUGUGAAAAUAACAUUGGGAGCCAGGACGGGUAACAUUUUAUUUGGAUGAAGGCAUUUGAAAGCUUAGCCAUAAACACGGGUCUUCAUGAC